CAGAACCUGGAGAUGAGUGCAGGCGACUUCCCAGAAGACCUCUCUUCGGUAGAGCUGAUUGGAGGCAGGGAGUUGAGGUUCCACACCGAAGUAUUCUCUAAGCUGACCUACCUCCACUUCGUCAGGAUCUUCAAUGUCCCAAAGGUCCUGGUCCAGGAACAUACCUUCGCAAAUAUGUCUUCCUCAAGAAAAGUCAGGUUUGAAUUCGAAGGCGGUUCAAGCCUGGUAUUAGAAGGUAGAUCCUGGAAGAACGUGGCAGGGGAGAUUUCCGUAUCAAUCAGCAGGUUCAGCCAGGUCACCAUUCAAGCACAAGCUUUCUCGGGACUCUUUGAUCUCACUGUUUCUCAGGUUGCCAAAUUCGAGCUACUUGAAGACGCUUUUUUUAUCGAAAGACCUCCUCGUUAUAGUAAAGAAUUCAAAGUUGAAUCGAUCAUUUUGGACCAAGUGAAACUGGAAAAUCUCGAACGAAAAACGUUUUACUCAUCAGCCCAUCAAGUUAAAAUACGUAACAGCCAUAUCAAAACGGUGAGGACUGAUGCCUUCAAUGCAAUAAGCUUAGCGCAAGUAACCAUUGAAAAUACGACUAUCGACAAGGUGGAACAUGGAGCAUUUUCAGGAAGAACCAUUCUCCAUACCCUCACCUUGGACCGAGUGAUAUUACACGAAUUAGAAUCAGGGGCUGUCCUUUCAGGCACUACACACCUCAACAUCCAUCAUUCUGGAUUUGGAACACUACAGCCUGGGACCUUCAAUGUGACAGUUGCCAUUGCUUCAAUCAGUGACAAUACUUUCAACAGACUCCUCAGCAGAGCAAUGAUAUUAAAGCAGUGGGACAGAUUAAGUAUAUAUAACAACACAUUUAAAAAACUGGACCCAUAUGCCUUUUCUUCGGAGGGAUUAAUUAGCAAAACAGCACCGAUAAUUAAUUUUUCAAAAAAUAAUUUGUAUGAUCAUCCAACCAAUGCAUUUGAUUUUCAAGUAAACAAUGAGCUAAAUUCUUCUAUUGGUUAUAAUUUUUUCCAUUUCAAAUGCCGGUGCGAUAUGGCAAUACCCCUUAAGGCAAUGAUUAAGCCAUAUUCAUUGAGCGAGAUGCUUUUCCGAAAUGGUUUAUGUGAUGUAGACCAUUCACUUUCAAAGUGUUUUGAUUUACCUGAAGGAUUUUACAACAUUUUAAAUUUCACAGAGCGGAUUUGUUCAGUUAAUGAAGUAAUUCUCUGUGAGGAAAUUCAGAGGGAUGCUGCAAUCCCACCGCAACUGCCUGGCAUAUCUUCAGCAGUUGAUACUAUGUUUGAAAAUAAUGUUGGCAGAGAAAGAAAGAUUCUCGGCUCAAUAUUUAUUAUUGUCUUAUGUGCUAUGGUAGUAAUGAUGAUUCUAUCAGCAGUUAUGUGGAUUGGAAGAAAUGGCUACUGUACCAAAGCCAGGAUUUUCCUUUUGCCAUCGACCAAUUCAUACAUUAGCUGUAUAACCAGAUUUUUUUCGGGAAGUGGCAUGACUCCAACUGGUUCAGCGCAUUCAAUAUCGAGACUUUCGAUUCAUGAAUAUGCUGAGCUCCAAAGGAAGAUUGGAGAAGCUAAAGAAGAAGAAGAAAUCCCACUAGAAGAUAAGGCAACUCAAACAUUACCAGAGGAACUGACCCAAGAGCUUUUACAAUCCUUGCAAGAGAAAUUAAAUGAUCCCGAAAAUUAUAGUGAAGCUAGAAACAUGAUUGAGCAUUUGUAUGAUCUCAUUAAAGUGGAAGAAAGUUGUAAUAAAAACUACAAAGAUUCUGCUUCUAUAAAUUUAGAUGAUUUAGACAAAGAAAAUGAAAAUGUAUAUGAUGUCAUAGUGCCAAAAAAGAAAACUAUUUCAAGAGAAAAGAAGGAAACUGUGAGUACGGGUACAAGAGCACCUUCUCCUGACAAGUUAUUGCCAUAUACAGUGUACGGUGAAACGAAAAAAUUACAGCCUGCGGUAUGUGACUACAUGGAGCCUAAGGACAGACAAGUUCACACUUACACAGAACUGCCUAACAGGACUCCUGGACCAACCUCAGUAGUUUGUGAUUACGGUGAGCCCACCGAUACAAGAGUCCAUUUCUAUACAGAGCUGCCAGCCAAGAUAAAAAUGGCUAACCGCCCACUACCAUCAAAACCUAUUGAUGGGGGCCAGUCCAUGUCAUAA